GCCAAGAGGGGGUGUCAUCUUAUCUCCUGAGCACCUCAGGUGUUAGGGCAGGGGCGUGGCGAUGGGUGGGGAGGCUGCAAGCCUAAGGAAGUCUGUGUAACAACAGUAGAAGCCGGUUGCAACGAUUAUCAGGGGAGGCUUGAUACCCCCUCUCCCCCCCAGGUAUUUGGGGCUAGGUGAGCCGCCCUAGAAGGGCCCUUCCAACUUGGCCUUUGAAAUGCAAGAACCCGGGGAGCUGGGGAUAAAAGGCUCCUGCCCCGUUGCGCCUUUGUCUGGGGACAAAGAAGAUUGGGGAGGGGGGUGUCAACUGGGGCAGGGUGCACGGGUUAAUCCAUAUGAUAAGGAGUGAACUGGACGGGCAGUAUUCUCUAUUACACUCCUAUCCGUGGAACGUUUUGGUCUUCGGAGCCCUAGGCUUGUCUAGCUUUGGGAUUCGAAAGAUCCACAAAUCCCCUAACUCCGGUGCAUGGAGAGGCACUUGAUAUCUGAAAAUAUAUCUUCCCACCUGAAAUCUGUCUUGCAGUGGGAUAACCCUGUCUAGCAGGCGUCCAACCCUGAUCAGACUUCUGCCCCCAUGUAGCUUCCCCGCCACCCGGUCUGUGCUAUGACUUGGCCGGAGGUGGCGCUCUGCGUUCCCUUGGAUCCCAAGGCAGAACCCAGGAGUUCCUCACCCGUGGCUUCUUUUCUGUCUUUCCUUCUACCCCCUCAGCUCCCCGGGUUCAGGGUGCGGCUGGGCCUUCGGCCAGGGGCUAGGGAUCUGGAGGGUGCAGGGUGUCAAGGUGGCGAUGAGGCAGGCGGCAGCCUCCUCCCCGACCCGGGCUUCGUUUCCACCUCGACACAAGAGUGCAAGUUCCUCAAUCAGGUGUCCCAAGCUUUGGCUCUGGGGCGCGGGCGCGUGGCAGCCGUCAGGAGCCCGGCUGGAGAGCCCGCCCCGCGGCCUCGCCUCCCUGCCGAGCUUCCAGCGCCUCGGGACGCGAUGAGGACCUGGGCUUGCCUGCUGCUCCUCGGCUGCGGAUACCUCGCCCAUGCCCUGGCCGAGGAAGCCGAGAUACCCCGAGAGCUGAUCGAGCGGCUGGCUCGAAGUCAGAUCCACAGCAUCCGGGACCUCCAGCGACUCUUGGAGAUAGACUCCGUAGCUGUAGGGGCUGAGGAUGCCUUGGAGACGAGCCUGAGAGCCCAUGGGUCCCACACCAUUAAGCAUGUGCCCGAGAAGCGGCCUGUGCCUAUUCGCAGGAAGAGAAGUAUUGAGGAAGCCAUUCCUGCAGUUUGCAAGACCAGGACGGUCAUUUACGAGAUACCUCGGAGCCAGGUGGACCCCACAUCGGCCAACUUCCUGAUCUGGCCCCCGUGUGUGGAGGUGAAGCGCUGCACCGGCUGCUGCAAUACCAGCAGCGUCAAGUGCCAGCCCUCAAGGGUCCACCACCGCAGUGUCAAGGUGGCCAAAGUGGAGUAUGUCAGGAAGAAGCCAAAAUUGAAAGAGGUCCAGGUGAGGUUAGAGGAACACCUGGAGUGUGCGUGCGCGACCUCCAACCUGAACCCAGACCAUCGGGAGGAGGAGACAGAUGUGAGGUGAGAUGAGCCGGCCGCCCUCUCCCGGGACACGGAUGUACGUGGCGUGUGACAUUCCUGAACAUACUAUGUAUGGUGCUUCAUUGCCAAUGUGCGUGCGGUCUUUGUUCUCCUCCGUGAAAAACUGUGUCUGAGGACAAAGAGACAGUGUCCGUUUGUUCAGUGUGACAUCAAAGCAAGUACUGUAGCACUCGGAGAGGCAGCGAGAAAGCUUCCUUGUCACAGAGAGCGAAAACAAAACCA